CUGUCUUCAAGCGACCAACCUCCUCCCACGGCAUCCCGCUCGACACCAGACCGCUUGUCUCUGAAUUUUCGAUCACCAAGAUCACUAAACUUUUCAAGACGGUUAUGGUGGAGAGGUGUUGGCGCGCAUGGGCGUGCGCACUAGUCCUGGUGGGCGUGGCGGAGGGCGUGGCUUCGCAGCGUGACCUCACCUUGCCACUCCUCCAGGAGGAGGUGGCGAGGUUCCCUGUCUUUUUCAACAUUCCUGAGCCAAGAACCGAGGCGAGCAAGCGGCAGUCGUUCAGCGCGUGGGGGGGGAAGCGAACCAGCUGGCACCCGGCCUUGCGGUCGGGCUCGGGCCUUCCCCUCAGCCUGAGGGACAUUUACCUACACCUGUUCAAGCAAGCAAGAUACCAGCCCUCCUCCGACGGGGAGCUGAAACGAGCCUCCUUCAGCCCCUGGGGCGGAAAACGCGCCAGUUCUCAGUAUCUCUCCCUAACACGCUCCCCAUUCGAGGACGCCCCCGAGGGACCCCUGGGGAAAAGGCCCGCCUUCAGCCCGUGGGGAGGGAAGCGGUCCUCUCCUGCAGGACUAGCACUCAAUGACCUCGACAUGGGCUCUUCGGCGCAGCUGGCGGAGUCCCUGGGGGCGACGGGGAAACGCGUGGCGUUCUCGCCGUGGGGAGGGAAGCGUUCUGUUCGAGCCGCUUGGGGCGGACAGGGAGAUGCCCUGGCUCUGGACGCUCCCGAGAUGCUCCUAGACGGCGACGAAGAGGACCCUGAGGACGACAUUUUCCCCUCCCCGGCCACCGUGCACGACGCCCCGGGACGCUUCAAGAGAAUGGCCGAGGAAGAUGGCGGAGCCACUCCUGCCGAAGCCACGGGCGAGGAACUCCACGACAAGAAUGCCACAAGGAGCGCCAGAGACACGCAAGCUCUCAGCAACGCAGCCACCAAGUGGAACGCCCCAACACCCGCACUGCUGGAGAGAAGGGCGUUCAGCGCAUGGGCGGGGAAGAGAGCGGACGGGGAGAACGUUAAGCGACAAGCCUUCAGCGCCUGGGCAGGAAAACGGAGUUCUGACGACGAGAAGAGACAAGCCUUCAGCGCCUGGGCGGGAAAAGAGAGUUCUGACGACGAGAAGAGACAAGGCUUCAGCGCCUGGGCGGGCAAGAGAGCCUCCGACGACGAGAAGAGGCAGGCCUUCAGCGCCUGGGCUGGGAAAAGAGCUUUUGAUGAGGAAAAGCGGCAAGCCUUUAGCCCCUGGGCUGGGAAGAGGGCAGACGACGAAUCAAAAAGACAAGCCUUCAGUCCCUGGGCCGGAAAGCGGGACUUCAGCGCUUGGGCAGGGAAGCGGGCUUCGGAGGAUGAGAAGAGACAGGCCUUCAGCCCCUGGGCGGGAAAGAGGGACAACAGUGACGAGAAACGGCAGGCCUUCAGCCCCUGGGCGGGAAAGAGAGCCUUACGCGUGAAGAGAAAACGCUGGCGAGGGCCUUACAGCACCUUGCCGGGGGGAAAAGGGCCUCAUGAGAGAAACGGACAGGCCUUCAGCCUGGGCGGAAAACGGUCCCUGCGAGAAAGGAAGGCUUCAGUCCCUGGGCCAGGAAAGAGAUUCAGCGGGCAGGAGAGCAGCGGGGAGCAGACGAGAAGCAACCCUUCAGUGCCUGGGCAGGAAAGCAGUCCGAUGAAGGCCAGGACCACGAAUUUCCUUUCUUGA